AUUUCUUGUGCUUGGAAAGACGCAGCCAUGUCAAAGAGACGCACUCGUAUCUACGCCGACGAAGAUGUUGUCGCGCACAAGACCCGGUCAAGCUGCUGGGUGACCCGCCAAGGAAAAGUCUACGACGUCUCAAAAUUCGUCGACGACCACCCAGGAGGCGACGACAUCCUUCUCAAAUAUGCCGGCCAGGAUAUCGAGGCGGCGAUGUCAGGCAAGGCAGAGGACACCCCACAGCACUCCUCUGCGGCGUAUGAAAUGCUCGAAGACUACCUCAUUGGACGGCUUGGGACGCAUGAGACGACACUGCGCGACGACUUCGUUGCCGGCGAUGAUUUCCAUCCGGAAGAAACGGAUUUUGCUGAGGACUUUCAAAAGAACCAGUUUUUGGAUCUCAGGAAGCCGCUGUUACGCCAAGUGUGGGAGGCUAACUUUAGUAAAUCCUACUAUCUGCAGCAAGUGCAUCAGCCUCGGCACCUUCACGAGUCUGCUCGUCUCUUCGGCCCCUCCUUCCUCGAGGGAUUCACCCGCACAGUUUGGUGGGUGGUGCCCAUGUUCUGGGGUCCCAUCGCAUCGUACCUUUUCUGUCGCUCCCUGAUCCAAUUCUCCGUCGCACCCGCUGUUCUCCCGCUGUUCACCAAUAUCGGCAAGACAGGUGUUUGCUUCUUCCUGGGCAACUUCAUCUGGACGAUCCUCGAGUAUGUCCUGCACCGCUUCCUUUUCCAUCUCGACGACUAUCUUCCCGACCACCCCGUCGCCAUCCUGCUGCAUUUCCUGUUGCACGGAGUCCACCACUACCUCCCGAUGGAUCGGUUGCGUCUUGUUAUGCCUCCGCUCCUGUUCACCGUGCUGCAGGCCCCGUUCACGCGCCUCGCUCACAUCCUGUUCCCCGCCGCUGUAGCGAACGGGAUCAUCUCAGGAGCCUUCGCGUUUUACAUCUUAUACGACGUGAUGCACUACGCAUUGCACCAUACCAAUCUCCCUGCGUACAUGCAGGAGCAAAAGCGGUAUCACCUUGCUCAUCAUUACAAGAACUUUGAGCUCGGAUUUGGUGUCACUAGCAAGUUUUGGGAUGUGGUCUUCAAUACAGUCCUUCCGACUACCCCUUCAUGAUGGGCGGCGCUCUGUUAGAUCGGACCAAGUAAUCGCCUAGAUGUUCUGUACUCUUCACUAUUCGCCCCUCUCAAUAUUACAUUACCCCGGGUCUCUCUGAACAGGCCGUGUCAUUUUGUAAUCACUCGUAUUCCCCCGUUGCGAAUGUAAGAUAAAUAGAAACAGGCCACUGUCAAAUCGCGUCUGCCUCAUUUUGCAUGCUGUGUAGCCACCGAACCACAUGUGUAUAUUGCGCACGCCAUGUCGCAGACCACUCGCCACACCACUUAGUAGGUCUUCU